AUGGACCCCAAAACAGAACACAAGGUCGCCGAGACGUCUCCUGAAAAAGGCCCUGAGUCAUUCGACGCAGUACCCUUGGAAGGUGGACAGGAGAAAAUACAGAAGGGUCGUUGGGAGCGCAGUUGGCCCACCAUCGCUUGCGGUGCCGGUUUGUUUUCCGAUGGUUAUCUUAAUGGAGUCAUCGGUCCAGUCAACACCAUCCUCGGCCAAAUCUACCCCGAUAGCUACAAAAACUCUCCAGCCAGUCAGAAUGUCGCCGCCAUCACUUUCGCGGGAACGGUGCUUGGGCAGCUGGUGUUCGGAUACCUUAGCGAUCACUGGUCGCGCAAAUGGUCCCUGAUGAUCUCUACAAUUAUUUUGAUCUUAUUCGGUGCCUUGAGUGCGGGCUCCUACGGACUUCAUGGUAGUACUUACGGCAUGUUUGCCGCUCUGACUGCGUAUCGAUUCUUUCUGGGUAUUGGAAUCGGUGGCGAGUAUCCUGCCGGCUCCGUGGCUGCAGCCGAGAAUACAAACGAACUGAAGAGCGGCCAUCGGAAUCGGUGGUUCAUCAUGUUCAGCAACUUUCAGAUCGACUUCGCCUACGUCGUGUCUGCGUUGGUGGCCAUGAUCUUGGUGCUGAUCUUCUCGGAAGAUCAUCUGCGUGCGGUCUGGCGUAUAGCGUUAGGGCUGGGUGUGAUUCCGCCCUUGAGCUUGUUCUAUCUGCGAUUGAAGUUGAACGAGCCCGAGCAGUUUGACAAGGAGCGCAUGCACAAGUUCCCCAUUUGGUUGAUUGUCAAAUUCUACUGGAAACGCCUGACUGUCGUCUCUCUCAUCUGGUUUAUCUACGACUUCUCGGCUUAUUCUUUCAACAUCUACUCUUCAAAGUGGGUGGCGAUUAUCUUGGGGGACAGCGCUCCGUUGUGGAAGUCCUUCGGCUGGACCACGGUUACCAACGCCUUUUAUAUCCCGGGAUCUUUCCUGGGUGCAUUGGCGAGUGACUGGAUUGGGCCUCGCAAUACUCUGGCUCUUGGUGUCGGCCUGCAAGGUAUCAUCGGGUUCAUCAUGUCCGGCUGCUAUAAAUAUCUUGCCACCCCCCAGAACGUUGCGGCAUUUGUCGUAGUAUUCGGUAUUUUCUCAGCUCUCGGUGAGUUCGGACCAGGUGACAACAUUGGACUGUGUGCUGCAAAGACCAGCGCGACGGCUAUCCGAGGACAGUACUAUGCAAUCGCGGCGGCGGCGGGUAAGAUCGGUGCUUUUGUGGGCACCUAUGUGAUACCCAUUAUCCAGAAUAAUGCCCCCAACGAGAUUCGCUCUGGCCAGGAUCCGUUUUUCGUGUCGAGCGCGUUGUGCAUCUUCAGUGCUGCGCUGGCAUUCUUCCUUCUCCCCCAGAUUACGCAGGAAACCAUCGGCGAGGAAGACGCGAAAUUCCGUGCCUUCCUCGAAGCCAAUGGAUACGACACCACGACCCUGGGCAACAGAGAGCAGCAAUAG